UCUCUUUCACUUAUAUCGCACGUGUUUCCAGUCACAGUGUAGAACAUAUCCGCAUCAUUGAGAGACUAUCUCCUGGGUAUGGAUCUCAAACCAACUGGAUACUAGACAGGGUAUAUCAUUCAAUUGUUAGAAACUCAUUCUGGGUUGCCAUGGGGCUGAACAUGACAAAACUUGCUUUACAUGUCUGACCGCAACGCUUUGCGGGGAAAUUAUACCCGUUUCAAUUAUACGUGUAUUUUAAAUGUUAAAAAAGAUACAAUGCGAGAUGUUUAAAAGCAGAUCUUAAAUCUUCUCUGCGCGGCCGCAAAGCACAAAACAUUCAAACCUAGGGCGGGCGUGAUGAUGGUAUAUGUAAGAAUGUGCCCGAACUGGCUUCAAAAAUCCAUUGCAUCCAAUGCCUUAGGAUUACGUAACCAAGGGCCUCACUUCUUUAUCCAAGAAUAUUCCAAUUAUUUCAAAUUAGUGUAACAAAUCUGCUCGCGGACGAUCCAUAAACCACGCACCCGUUUUACCCGUCUUCUGGUGCCCGUGACACCUGUGCAAUUAAAAUAGAAAAUGUUCAUUCGCCACACGUGAUUCACACGUCCUCCUUUGGAAACUCGUUUUAAUCUUCCACUUUUCAUCACACAUCUGUUUAAAAUGUGUCGUUAGGCAACAAGAAAAUCCACAGUUGUCACAGUGGUCUGUUUUACGUUUCAGCUAUUUUUUUCAGGAAAGGAUUCCAAUUGGUGUUCAAACAGCAGAUAAAUAAUUUAUUCCAUGCACGUUUUGAGUGCUUUUUGUAAAUAAUUUGAAUUGCAUUUUAGCAAUAAAAAGGAGCUGUGCGGUUAUCAAGUUUUAUAUAGACUCAAUUUUCUAAUGUGUUUAAAUGCAAUGCAUUGCCAAACUAGUAACCAUCGCGCGCAUGGGCAUUCUGGGCGGUGCAUUCAAAUAGUUGCAACUUAAAAACAGAUAUUUAUAUUUGCGAUUGGUAAUGCGAUUGUCUCGAGCAUCUCAGAAAUUAACGAUACCAUUAGCGAAGUUCGACGUCUGGACUUAAUUCCAUCCAUCCCAUAAAGUUAAGCCACUACUCACUCACUCACACACACACACACAGGUGCAUACGUCCAGUAUAUAUGCCAACGAUUAACAGGGUACGUUUUAAAAAACGAUAACGGUAUAAUGCGGUUCCUAAAAUGUGCUAUCUCAGUCAAUCACCGCUAGAACACAACUCGAUAUUCACAGCAGAGGCACAGGCUGCCAGAAUCCUCCAAAGAGCUCAGCGAUCCGUGCCUUCUCGUCCCUUUUUUCAUAAAGGUUUUUUUUUAAACGGCUCGCGAUCUCAGGUUUCAGGGCUGGUCUCCCAGGGGAGGCAGGAGCGGAGUGCGCUUCAAUCAAACCCUGACUUCUCCUCUGGGAGCCGAGCCUGAAAUCUGAUCUCGCCCACUUACUGCCUGCCUCAUUCCACGCGUUUUCUUUGGGCGUAAUAACCUUUUAGUUUAUUGUAAACACAGUCGGGAGCGAUGCUCGAUCUUUUAACAGGAUGCGUGGAUGGCGAAAUUGGCGUCUAGAGCAUUUACUGCGCUUUCUGGCCGCUAUGAAGUGGUAACAUCCAAGGCCAACGCAAGAGUCGCUCCACCGUAGAGGCCACGGAACCAUCUAAAACGUGCAAACAAAGACGUGGGAAGCGGGGAGGCUAUCGAGCUAGGCUGAAAUCAAACCCGCACCAGCCAGCUCUGCCCAGCAUUAUCCGCGCGAAUGUCCGGUCCCUGGUGAGUAAAAUCGACGAACUACGGCUGCGGAUCACCACACACAGACGGAUCGCCGACUGCAACGCCAUGGUCUUCACCGAAACAUGGCUCAACGAUAACAUCCCGGACAACGCCAUCGAGCUGGAGGGGCGCACUGUCUUCAGGGCCGACAGAACAGCGGAGGACUCCGGUAAGACCAAGGGCGGCGGACUGUGCAUUUAUGUGAAUAACACAUGGUGUACGGACGUUGUUAGGAUUGGUAGUCACUGCUCUGCUGACCUGGAAUACCUGAUGAUAAAGUGCAGGCCCUUCUAUCUGCCCAGAGAAUUCACAUCGACUGUUAUCACUGCAGUCUAUGUACCCCCAGACGCUAAUGCCAGGCUAGCAAUGGAAGAGCUGCAAGCUGCUAUCAGCAAACAACUAACUGCACACCCAGAGGGGGCAUUUAUUGUUGCGGGUGAUUUCAACCACUCCAACCUUAAAACUGUACUCCCCAGGUUCCAUCAGCAUGUUUCCUGCCCAACCAGAGGAGACAAUAUUCUGGACUUAGUAUACACUAAUAUUACUGAAGCCUACAAAGCCCUCCCCCUCCCCCACCUGGGCCAGUCUGACCACCUCUCUCUGUUCCUGCUCCCCAAAUACACACCUCUGAUCAGACGUGUGAAACCUACCGUGAGGACAGUGAAGGUUUGGCCUGAGGGGGCUGUCUCUGGAACAGGACACAGUUUCAGCAAACAGACUGGAGUCUGUUUGUCACCCAGGCCACCUUUAACUCCCAAGUGGACAUCAACUCAUACACCUUGGACCAUGACCCCACUGCCGAUCACCAGGCCACCAUUUCUAGCAUCAUCACUGACUUCAUCAAUUCCCACGCCCUGCCCGACCAAGCGUCCAACCUCAUCGUUCCCCAGCCCCGCACGGCCCCUUUUUACCUUCUCCCCAAAAUCCACAAAUCCGGCUCUCCCGGCAGACCCAUUGUCUCUGCGUGUUCGUGCCCCAUCGAACUGAUCUCCACAUACCUUGACUCCAUCCUAUCCCCCUUGGUCAAAUCCCUUCCUACCCAUGUUCUAGACACCUCAGACACUCUCCGCCGCCUCCACGCGUUCCACUCUCUAGGCCCUCACCUCCUCAUCUUCACCAUGGAUGUCAAGUCACUAUACACCUCCAUCCCCCACCAGGAUGGCCUCAAAGCCCUCCGGUUCUUCCUCGACCAGAGGAGCAACCUAUACCCAGCCACUGACACUCUCCUCCACUUAGCGGAGUUGGUCCUCACCCUCAACAACUUUACAUUUGACUCCUCCCAUUUCCUCCAAACACAAGGCGUAGCUAUGGGCACACGCAUGGGCCCCAGCUACGCCUGCCUCUUUGUCGGGUACGUUGAACAAUCCUUGUUCAAUACGUACCAGGGCCCCAUCCCCGACCUCUAUCUCCAUUACAUUGACGACUGCUUUGGGGCCACCUCCUGCACCUACACACAACUGACUGACUUCAUCCACUUCACCACCAACUUCCACCCGGCACUCCAAUACACCUGGACCAUUUCCGACACUUCCCUACCAUUCCUUGACCUCACCAUCUCCAUCGCAGGGGACAGACUCCUGACCGACAUACAUUACAAACCCACUGACUCACAUGGCUAUCUGGACUACACGUCUUCCCACCCUGCCCCCUGUAAAGACUCCAUCCCCUACUCCCAAU